AUGAGAGAAUUGUUAAUCAGGAGCAAGGUGAAGGAACUUCAAGCCAUGCUUUUCCCGGUUCAUCCGAUUCCUGGUAGCACGCUGGCUGGUAUCAGCAAGAUUCAGGAAUUGCAAUUGCUGCAGCUAGGAAGGUACGAAAUACCCCGACGAGAGACAGAAUUGUCGUUGUUCUCCGUACCAUUCGGUACCAGAGAUGAUCAGUCGCAGGAAAGUCUUCGAAGCGCUUUGGACACCCGUUGCAUGAUUGAUGGAAUUACUCAGGAGGCUGCCAGGUGGCCCACGGAGUGCCAAGUACUUUCCGAAAGGGUGAAGCACGUAGAAUACUCUCCAACCGCUCCAGAGCCGUUCAACGUCCCAACCGGAAAGGAGCCGAGACCGAAACCUCUAGGAGACGAAUUCGGCACGGUGAUAUUUCGUUACCAUCCGAUCAGCAUCGCGAAUUACGUGAGUGAACCCUAAUUUCGCGAUAAAAUCGACCUCGCUGUCGCAAAUACCACGAACGAACAUCCGGAUGACAACGUAUUCCUGGUGGCUAGAUCGUCCGACUCGGAGGAUUCCAACACCGAUCUGCAUUUCGAGUCCCGUUUCGAGUCUGGAAAUCUGUGCAAAGUGGUGAAGAUCACCGAUACGUAUUAUCAGCUGUAUCUCAGAAAGGAUCUUUACACGCAGAGGCACACGCAGUGGUAUUACUUCAGGAUAUCGAACACUAGAAGUAGAACCACGUAUAGAUUGUCCAUCGUGAAUCUCUGCAAAGAAGACAGCUUGUACAACGAAGGACUUCGACCGUUGCUGUAUUCGACGGAGGAUGCGAAGAAAGGAGCAGUUGGUUGGAGGAGAUGCGGCGAAAAUAUCGCUUACUACAGAAACGAUUCUUCGAGCGACGAGGAAAAAGAGAAGCACACGUUGACGUUCAACGUGUCUUUCCCUCACGACAGAGACACCGUGUAUUUGGCGCAUUGCUAUCCGUACACGUACACCGAUUUGCAGGAGUAUCUGGCCAGGCUAGUCGCAGAUCCUAUAAAAACUAGGUUCACCAAACUGCGACUACUGUGCCGAACAUUGGCCGGAAAUGGUGUCUACUAUUUGACGAUCACUGCCCCUGCCUACGACGAAGAGGUGCGAAGGAAAAGAGGGAUCGUUAUCACGGCAAGGGUUCAUCCUGGAGAAACGCCGUCGAGCUGGACGAUGAAAGGGAUCAUUGACUUCCUAACCGGGGAAUCGGAUCAAGCUAGGAUACUUCGAGAGAGAUUCGUAUUCAAGCUGGUUCCUAUGCUGAAUCCCGACGGUGUUAUCGUUGGCAACAAUCGUUGCUCGUUAUCGGGCAAAGACCUGAACAGACAGUACAGAACCGUGAUGAGGGAGAGCUACCCUUCUGUUUGGCACACCAAAUUGAUGAUCAGACGGCUGCUCGAGGAAUGUGGAGUGGCUAUUUACUGCGACUUGCACGCUCACUCCAGGAAGCACAAUAUAUUCGUUUACGGAUGUGAAAGCAAGAGGACUGCGUCGCAAACCAGACUCUCCGAGCAAGUGUUUCCACUUAUGCUUCACAAGAACGCAGCUGAUAAGUUCUCCUUCGAAAACUGCAAGUUCCACGUGGAAAAGGGCAAAGAAGGUACGGGAAGAGUGGUAGUUUGGUCCAUGGGGGUGCAGAAUAGUUACACCAUGGAGGCGUCGAUGGGAGGAACGAAGAUUGGUUCCAGAUCUGGGACUCACUUUUCUACUCAAGAUUACGAACAAAUCGGCAAAGUAUUCUGCGAAACCCUCUUGGAUUUCUUCGAUACAGACCCAGUCAAGGAAAGGCUUCGCAACAAAAUAGUAGCCAGACUAAUGAAAGAAGGUUCCAGCGCUGAGGAACCGACAAACAUCGACCUGACUGAUUACUCCAGCGACGAGGGAGACACGUCGGACAGUUCUACUUCGGAGAAAGAAGAAGACUUCGUCGAGAGCGCUUGGUCUUACAACGCGAGAGAACCGAUCGUCUCUUCUCAAUAUUUAUGCGCUCCUCCGCCUACUCCGACGUUCACUCGAAGCUUCGAAUUGGCGAGGAGAAGGAGCAAGAAGGGAACAGCUGGUAGUAGAUGUUACAUUCGACGCAAAAGGAUGAUGACUAGGAGAGCGGUAAUGGAUUUGCCAACCACGGAUCCAGGUAGCGAUUUGUACGAUUAUACCGAUUCCGGAGACGAAGAAAGAAUUCGUGAACGUUGCGUGGAAGAUGCUGUGCAUCUAGUGGACAAAGAAAUGGAAACUAGCGAGAAGGAGAAAACUGGCAACGACGAUUUAAUCUUGCCAGAAAUAGUCAGACCACGUAGUAUGUCGCUGGGUGAAAAUUUAAGCGUGAACAAAGAAGAAUCUAACACUAACAGACGAUCUCAUUGUCUUCGUUUAAUCAGAACACUUAGACAUCGUUCACCUGUUCCACCGAAGAAUCAAGAGAUAGAAAUUAAGCUCAGUUCACUGCGACAACAAAUAUGGAUGGGUGUUCCGUUGAACAUCACGGAAAAUAUUGAAAAAAGAAUCGAACGCCCGUUUGUAAAGGGACCGCUAAGCUGGGGGAUUUCUAAUAUGGCGGUAACGCGAGAUAAAAUGAACAGCGACGUGUUGUUAAAAUCUUGCUCGAAAAAGUUGCAGUCCCUCGACUACAACGUUAACGUUGAGAACAGCACGCGAAAAAUGCAUAGAAAAUACAAAAGCGAAGAUGCGAUACGCUCGAGGAACAGCAGCCCAGAAGUGAAAAACCAACGCGAAGACAUCGAACGGAAACAAAGGAAAAAGAAGUCCCCUCUCAAGUGGCAGAAAAUAGUCGAUCUAAAUUCGAGAGUCGAAGAAAUCUGUCACAGAAAGGCGUCCUAUUUGACGAUCAAAGCAGACUCCUUGAAAUUAGUCACUCUCCAAGUACCUUCCAAAGUGCAAACGCGGCAACGUAAAAUCGAAUCUCGAAGGAAGCAUCGUAAAAAUGGCGCGAACUGUACUAUUGCUAGCGUUGGAAAAACGUCGGACGUCGCGAAAUCUCAAAUACAAUCGCAUUCCCGAUCCCAUAUCCAACUGAUACAGCCUUUAAUCGUUCCUCUAUGCGACAGCUUCUCCUCGGACAACGACUCUACGGAUUCUCGUAAACAGAGAACCUCGAAGAAAAAACAGAAGAAAAAGAAACAAUCGAAAAAGACAAAAUCCACUACAGCAGCGGGAAGAAAAAAGCGUGCUACUAGCGCGAACGUGUUACGUAACCCAUGA